GAAAAACGAACAUAAGCGAAAAAGAUAACACUCGUAGCCAGAGCAGCGUCCACCUGAAAGACUUUGGUGGGAACUGCGAUGUAUUGUCUCUCAGAUUUGACUGCCGGAGGGGAAGUUACUGCGGUCAAACCACCUGUUCAACUGUGUGUGUUGUUAUGAGCAGUCCCAUGGCUGGCUCCACCGCCUCAAGCUCUAAAGACCGUCCAGUUUCCAGGACCAGCUUCAUCCCAGAGCUACAGAGCAUGAUGUUCGCUCUGGGAGACGCACGCAGGCCCCUGCAUGAGACAGCAGCUCUGGUGGAGGACAUUGUACACACUCAGCUCAUUACCAUGCUGCAUCAGGCCUGUGAGGGGGCGUCUCUUCGUGGUUCCAGGGUCAUUUCAGCUGAAGACAUCCUGUUCCAAAUGAGGAGAGACAAGAGGAAGGUGGCAAGAUUAUUAAAAUACCUCCAGUUUCGAGAUUAUAAAUCCAAAAUACUCAAAACUCUAGAGGACGACGACGCGCAGCAAGAGCCGGAAAAAGGUGCUGCUCUUGCCGGUGGUAACCAGCGGAGGCAGCGAUUGGCGCAGGACUUCCUGGUGUGGAUGGAUCAGACAGGCGAACUCCUGUCAUUAGCUGAGCGACAGGAAGUAGACCCCGUCAAGCAGGAAAGGAUGGAGCGUUUAGAGCGUCACACUCGGGCGAUGGACCAGGCUCAGUACUCUGAGUUCUGUGAGAGUCGACAGCUCAGCUUUGCUAAGAAAGCGUCCAAGUUUCGGGACUGGCUGGACUGCAGCAGCCUGGAGCUGAAGCCCAACAGCAUCGCCAUGGAGAUCCUGUCAUACUUGGCCUAUGAGACGGUUGCCCAGAUCGUGGAUUUGUCUCUGCUGGUCAAACAGGAAAUGACAGCGAAGACUAAUCCCAUCAGUCAUGUGAUCUCUGCCAGCUACAUCCACUACAACACACACACCGAGCAGGUGAAGAAGGAUCCGGACUCACCUGAGGCCACUCCUCCCUCCACUCCAGGGUCCUCACACUCGUCAAAGCCGCUCAUGCAGGGUAACGGCAGUCUGGACGGCCGGGCCAGACAGAGGAAACGCAAAAAGAGCUGUCCGGCUACAGUGGAGCCUCCCAGUGGAGCCAUCCAGCCCUGUCACAUCAGAGAGGCCAUCAGAAGAUACAACUACAGACACACAAGCGCUUACUGGAAGAAUGGGAUGGCCUUCCUCGCCUGCUGAGGAUGCACCAAAUUAUUCAGCUCAUGUUCUCAUGCGUAACUGUAUGUAAAUAUUUGUUCUAUUGUUUUAAUAAAGACUUUUCAGUAAA